GUGGCAAUUAUACUGGAGAUGUUUGUGGAGAUUUAUCCCCAUUCGCCGACAAAUCCAUCUGCGUCACGCAAUAUAAGCUCUUUGUCUACUUACUAUUAGAAUGCGAACCGGAUGUCAACGCGCAUUUAAAUAUGGUCCAAAGAAUAAUGGCCCAAUGUGUGGAAACUGAUGAGGUUUUGGGUAAAAAUCAGAGUGUAUUUACCAUCGUCGACCAAUCUGACACUGAUCACACCUUUCUACCAAUGACCGCCGAUUUACUGAGAGAAGAGGACAACACCACGCUACAGAAGAUCGGCGAGCUCAGCGACGUCGGACAAUACUUUGAAGCUUCUGCUGAGGACUACUUGAAUGAUAUUGCAAUUAUGGAUACCUAUGGCAUGUGCCCGCCGAUGCCGGCAGGGAAACUCCCCUCGUUUUCAAAGCCCUCCAAGAAAUUCCCACUAUCUUACAUUCUAUCAAACGAGGCAAAUUACGUGGCGGUGAAAACUGUUCAUGGCUAUUCGACGGCAGAGGAACGAAAGGAAUUCCUGCAAGAAAUCGAAUUCAUGAAGAAGCUGGAAUAUCACCCACAUAUUCUAUCGUUAAUUGGGUGCUCGAGUGACGCGAAAUUUCCGCUGAUUUUGACGGAACACUGUGAAUUGGGCGACCUUUUGACAUUAGUGCGGAAGUUGGGGGCACAGUAUGCAAAUGAGAUAAAAAUUCUCGAAUUUAACGAUCUUGUUCCAAUUGCGUGGCAAAUCAGUGAUGCUUUGACUUUCCUCGCCAGCAAACACAUCAUUCACCGCGAUGUUGCAGCGAGAAAUGUGCUGCUGAAUAAACAUAAAAUGGCUAAACUCUCGGAUUUCGGGCUUUGCCGACAUUCAGAAGAACUCUUUUAUCACAGUCGCGGCGGGAAACUACCCAUCAAAUGGAUGGCCCCAGAAUCGAUUGAAUUUGCCAAUUUUUCGACGAAAUCUGAUGUCUGGUCAUUUGGCAUCCUCCUCUACGAAAUGUAUUCAUUUGGCAAAACGCCAUUCCAUUCGCUGAAUCAAGAAGAUGUUCUACCCCAUUUAAAAUCGGAGAAACGACUGAUGAUUCCAGAAGACACGCCAGAAUGGAUG